AGGACACCAAAGCCUGGACCAAGAAGGUGAUCCAUAACAUCGCUGGCUGUGGUAAAUUCUCCAGUGAUCGCACCAUCUCCCAGUAUGCCAGAGAGAUCUGGGGCAUGGAGCCCAGUCUGGAGAAGAUCGCUGCCCCGGACGAUCCUCGCUAAGCUGCUGGAGCUCAGUGUGUGGAGCGCCGAGCCCUGUAGCCCCUCCCCUUUUACACUGUGGAGUUCUUCCUGCUUCGGUAGCUUUCCUCCUUGUUGUGCCGCUCUGCCUUCCACUUCAUCCUGCUUUACCAGAUCUUUGCUGACAAAGAUUUACGUAGAAUUCCUUGGAAUGUUUUCUGUGCACCAGAUAUGCAAACUCUCACUGCUGUAUGAGACUUCACAUCUCCAGGUCCUCGUGUCAGGAGAUUUGAACUGCACAAACAUAGACAUUUAAAAUGUUAGUUUUUGUGGAGGUUUAAAUUUCUUUGAUCUAAUCAUGCCGUUGUUUGAUUUUAGUUAGGACAGCCAUGCUUCACAGAUCUGUUAACAUUCUACUUUGAUGUUUUAGACACAGAAACUUUGUAUCCUCCAUUUCUGACAUUCCUCCUCUACAAAAGGCAGCAGAAAUCCAAACCGACGUGUCUUCCUGCUGGAGGCGGUCAGAUGCUCACAUGUGUUGCAGUGAAAGGAAGACAUUUCUCCAUCUUUGCAACUCCUUCAUUCCCAGUUAACGUUUCAAUAACCAGAUCCUCUCGACUGUUGUGUCUGUACUUGUUUAAAGGUGUUACAGGAAUGUAUUUGUGUCCAUUAAGAUUAUUAUUGGUUAUAGUGGAGUGCUGGAAUGCUCAUGUAAGCCUAGCUGUGGUGUCUGUAGCAUGUUUGUGUGUCUUCUUCAUUGUUCAUGUUUGUUGUCUAAUUCUCAAAAGUGACCUAGAAGGAAAUGUUUAUCUGCCUACAAACUAAAUGAUCUAACUUUGGAAACGGUAAUUUAGCUGCUGUACUAGUCAGCCCUGAUCCUGUAACACUGUAACAGUGAUGAUGCUCUGUAGCAUCAUCCUGUAGUUCUUCUGCUCCAACCAGAAAGCCACCAGCAGCAGCUGCACCUGUUGCUGUCAGUGUCAGUGCUUUGAUUUUGGACAAUAAAGAUCCAGAAAACACAUACAUCCA